AUACUAUGGCAUUGUCAACAAUCAAAAUAUGUUAUGUUACCAUUAAAUAUAUCUGUUGUCUGGUAACACUUAGCUAAACAGUCUCAAGUUCCUGGACCCAUACCAGGUCCCACUUUUGAGCUAAAAAAAAUAUCAGGGCCUUUCACUAUGUGGGAAUUUCCCCUUCUGCUUAAAAACACAGCAAACGCUUCCCCCAUUGCCACCAGUUUCCUUAAAAACGCCUCUCGGACACAAGUAUAAUGUGUAGUACAGGGAAGCAUGUGUGGUAAGUGACGGGGGUGACCGAUGGAGGGAAAAGGUCCAUAUCGCAUCUAUGACCCCGGUGGGAGCGAUUGCCAGGUGAAAGACGAGGCCAGCAGCCUCAGCUACAGACAGCUGCUAGAGGAAAACGCCGUUUUGAGGGAGAGAAUGAAAGGUCUGAAGAGUUUAGGAAACCUGUUAGAGGAGUCUCAGACAGAGGCAGCCAAGCUUCGGAAGAAGGUGGAAGAGCUUGUGAGGGAUAACGAAGUGCUGAAGUCGUCCACGACCAGCUUUGCCUCCAGUCUGUGCAUGGGCACCACUGUUCAGACAGACACACAGGGUCAUGGAAAACAUCACGCUUAUCCUACAACAGAAAGACAAGAAUCUCGGGAUUGUUUAACGGGAAAUAAUUUACAACCAGAGACAACUGAAAGUUCAUCUGAGUUUGAGGUGGUGAAUAUGGAAGAGAAGACGUCCUCGGAAACCCAGACACCUGGAGUGAUCCACCUGCCGCAGGAGAACAUGGAGCUGGCGAGUCAACUCCGGCGACUGGAGAGUUCUUUUAGUGUAUUUGCAGAAGAAUCCAAUCCCAACCAGCUGCUGGCUCACCUGGGCCGCAUGGCCGUGGAAUUCCACCACUUAUCAUCCAAGGUCCAGAAGAACGAACAGAGAACAUCUUUACUACAGACUCUCUGCGAACAGCUAAGACAAGAAAACAGUGAGCUUAGGAAAAAAAUGGAGGAGGACCUCCAGUACCGUAACCGUGAUUUGGAACAGCUGAGGCAGGAGAACUUGAAACUGAAGGAGCAGGUCAGCGGAGGAGCCCAAGCAGCACCUAUUGAGCAUCCGAGCCCAAAGGAGGAGCCAGUGAAAGAAGAGACAACCAAAACUAAGUCUGGUAAAGCUUUGGAAAAAACACCAUCUAAGACUUGCGAUCCGGAGGUGUAUGAGAAAAAGAUCAAGCUUCUGGAGAAACAGAGGAAAGAUGUACUGGAGGUGAACAAACAGUGGGACAUUCAGUGGAAUUCAAUGAAGACACAGUUUGAGCAGAAGAUCACAGACCUACGGCAGCGGCUUGCUGACUCCCAAAAGGCAGUGCUUGAGCUCGAAGCAGAACGUGAACAAAGACAAAGAGAUUAUGAUAAAAAACUCCUCCUGGCAAAGUCUAAGAUCGACAAUGUGCAGGGUGAGAAGGAGUGCCUCACCUCAGAAACAUGUGAGUUGAAACAAAAGGUGCGUUACCUGCAGGACCAGUUACUACCGCUUACUAAACAAAGAGAAUACCAGGAGAAAGAGAUCCAGCGGCUUAAUAGGGCAUUAGAGGAAGCUUUGAACCUCCACUCACCCUCUUCCACCCAGCCGGGCAUGAACCUGGGAGAAGGUGUGGCCAACCUGAGACAGCAGGAGCUGCACACACAGAUAGCUGUAUUGAAGGAGCAGGUGAAAAUCUUUGAAGAGGAUUUCCGGAAGGAGAGGAGUGAUAGAGAGAGGAUGAAUGAAGAGAAAGAAGACCUAAGGCGGCAGGUGGAAAGACUGCAGGGUCAACUGACCAAUCUGACAAAUCAGCUUCAUCAAGCACAGAAUGAGUGUCAGAGAGAGCGUGCAGAGAGGUGUAAACUAGAGAGACUUCAGAUGCAACACAAGCAGGAGGGGCAACAGGAAAGGAGGACAUCCGAUCCCACUUCUGGCUCGGCCAAUGGCCCGAUGAGCCCUCCAUACUGUGGCCCGUUUGUACAGGUGGGCCAUCAAGGUCUAGAGGGGUGGCCCAUACACUUCCCGCCCAGGAUGCCUAACAUCAGUACAGCACCUGGCAGGGAUUUCCAGCCUGUCAACCCUGGUUUUCCCUGGCAGUCAUCCUUCCCACAACCACGUGGUUCCAGAGGACAAGCAGACACCGCGAGACCCCCUCCAGAAACUGCAGAAAUGGGAGCAACUGGAUUUGGGAAAAGGGAGCGUCAGAACAUAGACCCCGGAAAGCACUAACCACAUAUUCUCUCUCCUGGAAUGGCUCCCAGCUAGUAGCAUGAUGCAGUUUAUUUUCAGUCGGCAUGGUGUGAACUAUUGUUUUAGUUUUUGUUUUCUUUUCCUACUGUGUAUAUAUAUAUAUAAAUAUAUAUAUAAAUAUCUACCACUGAUGAAAACGUUGUUUAUAUACUUAAGUUUUAUAAUCCUGUUUGUGAAACACUGUUCACUGCAAAUUAAGAAUAUUUCCAUUUAUUAUUUGACCUUUUUGUGAUUGUUGAAGUUUAAAUUAUCUGCUUUAUAUAAUUCUAUGCAGGAAUUGAAGUCAGUUAUUUAAUGGAUAAUAAUAUGAUUGAACGUUAUUCUUAUAACAGUCUACCUAUAGAGUGAGAUCUCCACCACUUAAUUAAACGAUAGCCACCUGAAAACAUCAUAUUUCGUGAUUCCCUGACACGUGUUGGUAUUGAUUGAGACUGACUGAGAAAAUCUGCCCCACCCUUUCUUGAAGCCAUAUACUACACCUGUUAACCUUUCCAUCUAUUAGAUUAUGUUCUGGGAACACAUUAAUAAGCGCUUCACAUGGCUUGCUGAUCUUUCAGAUAUAUGAUUGUAAUUGAAGGGAUAAUCGAUCAUGGAGGGCUUUCAUCUGGACGACAGAAAUAUCACAGUAGUUUUGCUUAAUAUAUUUUAUUCAGUGUUUAAAAACAUUAUUCCCGAUGUGCAAAUGAAAGUGAUAAGUUAUUUAUAUCUAUUGUUUUGACAGCUGAGGUUUCUUGUCUUAAGUGAUGUUGUCUUUAGUGUAUUGUUUUGUGUCUGCCUUUACAUAUUGUAGCUACUGAAAGACUGUAGGAUGUGAGUUUGUGUGUUUGUGCAUAUGCAUAAUCCAAGGAAGUGGGCCAGAAUAAAUAAGUUAAUGUAUCACAUUAGUGCAGCCCACUUUCAUUGGUCUCAUUUUUGAUUUGGGCUGAACAUGAGGAGCAAAUUACCAAAUGUCUGAUUACAGUGGGUCCAGUGUUGCACUUAAAAAUAUUGUAAUAUGUUUGGAACAGGGUAAGAAUCAUGUCCUUUCUACUUUUACGGUCAUCUGCCAUCAUGAAGGCUGUUUUUCUGCACAUGUGCAAUGUCUCCAACCUUACUGACCAAUGCUUUGAACUGAAUGCAAAAAGGUUUGUAUGCUCAAAAAAAAUAUAUUCCCAAAGGAGAGCAACUUUUAAAUGGUGUGAUACAUGUCAUGUAAAUGUAAAAAAA